AUGUCGUCACUGCCCCAGAACCCUGUGCCCCCCACCCAGACCUCCUGGAGGACCAGACACCCAGACCUCCUGGAGGACCAGACACCCAGACCUCCUGGAGGACCAGACACCCAGACCUCCUGGAGGACCAGACACCCAGACCUCCUGGAGGACCAGACACACUGGCAGCAUCACAGGCCGCUCCGGGCGGGCAGCAGCCUGGCGGGCCAGAUACCCCGGGGCUCCCAAGACGCUGGGGCUCCCAACCCCCUGGGGCUCCCAACCCCCUGGGGCUCCCAACCCCCUGAGGCUCCCAACCCCCUGGGGCUCCCAACCCCCUGGGGCUCCCAACCCCCUGGGGCUCCCAACACCCUGGGGCUCCCAACCCCCUGGGGCUCCCAACACCCAGAGACUCCCAACACCCUGGGACUCCCAACACCCUGGGGCUCCCAACCCCCUGGGGCUCCCAACACCCAGAGACUCCCAACACCCUGGGACUCCCAACACCCUGGGGCUCCCAACACCCUGGGGCUCCCAACCCCCUGGGGCUCCCAACCCCCUGGGGCUCCCAACACCCAGAGACUCCCAACACCCUGGGACUCCCAACCCCCUGGGGCUCCCAACACCCUGGGGCUCCCAACCCCCUGGGGCUCCCAACACCCUGGGGCUCCCAACACCCUGGGGCUCCCAACCCCCUGGGGCUCCCAACACCCAGAGACUCCCAACACCCUGGGACUCCCAACACCCUGGGGCUCCCAACACCCCGGGGCUCCCAACACCCAGAGACUCCCAACCCCCUGGGGCUCCCAACACCCCGGGGCUCCCAACACCCAGAGACUCCCAACACCCUGGGGCUCCCAACACCCAGAGACUCCCAACACCCUGAGGCUCCCAACCCCCCGGGGCUCCCAACCCCCCGGGGCUCCCAACCCCCUGGGGCUCCCAACCCCCAGAGACUCCCAACACCCUGGGGCUCCCAACACCCUGGGGCUCCCAACACCCUGGGGCUCCCAACCCCCCGGGGCUCCCAACCCCCAGGGGCCCGCCCUUGCUGUGGCCUAA